AUGGGUAAUGAACCGAUAACGAGGGGGAGCAUGGUUCCGACCAUUCCUUCUAUUAUGUUCAUUUUCGGGGUGGUUGGGAAUGUCAUCGCCAUCGUGGUUCUUUGUAAAUCUCGCAAAGAACAGAAAGAAACCACGUUUUACACGCUGGUGUGUGGACUGGCAGUCACGGAUCUCCUGGGCACGCUGCUGGCCAGUCCGGUCACCAUCGCCCUUUACGUGAAAGGAACUUGGCCUGGAGAGGACCCGCUGUGCCAGUACUUUGGAUUCACCCUGCUUUUCUUCUCUCUGUCUGGGCUCAGUAUCAUCUGUGCCAUGUCGGUGGAGAGAUACAUCGCUAUAAACCAUGCCUACUUCUACAAUGAGAACGUGAACCAAAAACUUGCGGGGUUGACUCUCGUGGCGAUCUACAUCUCCAACGCGCUUUUCUGCGCGCUACCGAUUAUCGGCUUUGGACAGGUAAAGAAGCAAUACCCGGAUACUUGGUGUUUUUUAGAGUGGAGGAGCAACAAGACCAGCGAUGCCGCCUACUCCUAUAUGUAUGCGGGCUUCAGCUCUUUUCUUAUUCUCGCCACUGUUAUCUGUAACGUGCUGGUGUGCACGGCUUUGAUCCGGAUGCACAGGCGUUUCGUGCGCAGGAUGUCGUAUGGAACCGAUCUGGGGCGCCAUGUGGACCCGCGGAGGAGAGGACGCAGCUUUGGACGCCUGGCCGGUGCAGAGAUUCAGAUGGUCAUUUUGCUCAUAGGCACGUCGGCAGUGGUGCUUAUCUGCUCCAUCCCGCUUGUUGCUCAGGUGUUUUUAAACCAGCUGUAUAAAACUCCGGUGGAAAAGCAGCUGGAGAUAAACCCUGACCUACGAGCCAUACGCUUUGCCUCCUUCAACCCCAUCCUUGACCCCUGGAUCUACAUCCUGCUCCGCAAGGCUGUUCUCCUCAAGCUCAUUGAGAAAAUCAAGUGCUUAUUUUGCAAGAUAGGCGCACAGAGGCAACAGAGACAGGGGAACUUCAACUCUACAGAUGCUCAACAACCUUCCUCUGUCAUCUCUAACCGAGACUCCCAGACCUUCCUUUACCUAGCAGAGGGAAAGGAGGUGUUCACUGGAAAUAACAAAGCAGCCAGACUCUCUGGUUCCCAACCUUCAUCAGUCAGAAACUCCCAAGCUUCAUAUUCAUCUGAGCAAGGCAGCGUUGAGGUUCAGAGUAGAGAAGGGACCAUCAGGGACAUUUUAGCCCUGCCAUGCCCAAAAGACCCAGCACUUCAGGUGUCGUUGAGCACUGAGACAGUGGAGGAGAAAUGCAUCUGACUUAACUCUGAAUUAGGAGACAGAUUGCUUUGAGGGAGAUUCUUCUCCAAAACAGACCUCUGAAUAUGAGGGAAGUCACAUAAAAAAAAUAAAUGACUCUUUAGAGGGAAAGGAAGAGAAACUUGAAGUGCUGUGCGCAUUAUGGUCCCGUCUUCUCUCUUUUAGCACCCAGCUACUAUCCAACUGUUGAUUAUCUCUGACUUUGAAAGCAGAUUGUAAGCAGUCAUUUUGCCCAAAACUGGUGCUGGUGGAGAUGACCCACUUCUUCAUGACUCAAGUGUCAGUGAUGGAAACGCUAUCCCUACUAAUUUUAGCUUCUCUGUUCAAUCAUUGUGGAAACCUACACCCUAAAGUUGAUGAGGCCAGUAGUUGAGAAUAAUUGAGUCACACGCUUGUGGUUAAUAUGGUAAAUGAAAACAGUAUUGAAUAUGAUCCCUAUGAGUAAUCACUGGCAUGUGUGCUGCCAUUGUAAGGAUUGAUUUGUUUAACAAGCUCUAUUGAACACUGCUUUUUGAAGGACAUGUUGUGUUAGUUCCAUGACUAAUGUACAGUGCAGUAUUAUUAUGUGGUGAACACCAACGUUUUUGUUCCUUAGCCCUGGAAUACACACAGAUAUGUCAUCUCAUAUUAUAAAAAAAAAAAAACUCGUACAAUGAGAAUACAAAGAUUCCUGUGCCAUAGUUAUGAACACCAAACUUUUACAGGGAAUGUUAAACUUUGAAAAGAGGUGUAAAUCAGUGGACAGAUGUUGCUCAAUUAAUAUUAAGAUGUUUCAACACCCCUGUCAGCUUGAGAAGUAUUUUUAAAUGAUCAGUGUUGUGUAAAAUAUUAUUUGUAAUAAAAUCAUUCUUCUCUAGGAGAAGGUUCUAGUCAAUAAGUCACAACUCUAAGGGGAUUAUCCACCCUAAAUAAGUAUUUGUGCUCAUUUGUUCUAAGUCUACAUCCCUAAUUUCCAUUUUAUUGUCUUAUAAUGUUAGUCAAUUGACACCUUCAGCUGCUGUCUGACCAGUCUAUAUAAGAGACUGAACUCCUGAGCUCCUGAGUGUUCGAGGAGCUUUUCCACACAAACAAGCUUAUAUCUUAGUUUCUGCAGCUUUAAAGCAGGCAGUAGACCUUAAUUUUUUUUAAAGGUGUUGCUUAAUAUCACAGAUUGCAUUCUUGCCUUUCUCGUUUCUCUUGUUACUGUUUAUUUUAGACAAGCCUGUUUGUGCACAUGAAUGCUGAGAAUCACGCCCCUCAUGAUUGUACAGUAUAAUGAAAAUAGGUAGAGUGUGGCCUAUUAAACAAGGUCUUUUAAUUUAUUUUUUAGUCUUCAAAUGAUGCACCUUAUUUUGUAUUUUUGUUUGUAUUGUAAUGUAGAAUUAAAUCUGUGGACAUUUA